AUGGGAAAUAAGCAGGCGAAGAUGGAUAUCAAACAAAAGGAGCUCAAAGAGCUCCGAGAAAUGACAAAAUUUUCGGAUGACGAGAUCUAUAUCCUAUACAACUCGUUCAAAAGCGCUAGCUCAUCUCGUAUUGAUGAUGGAGUCAUCGAUGAACAGUUGGUGGAACUCGUUGGAAUGAAGGAAGGAUUCUUCUUCGAAAGGCUGUUCUCCAUGUUCGACAAGAACAAUGAUGGACAAAUUGUAUUUACUGAGUUUCUAAGGUGCAUCUCGUUCAUGACAUCAAGAAUGCCUCCUGAUGAGCGAUUACACUAUCUGUUCCGUUUCUAUGAUUUAAAGCAGGACAAUGUGAUUUCUCGUGACGAACUCAAGCGAAUUACCGAAGCAAUGUUUUUCCAAUAUCGACAGAACAUUAGAGAGGAUAUUUUGAACGAUAUCGUCGAGAAUAUCUUUAGUUCCCUCGGUCUGGGGAAAGACCAAGCCAUUGAUUUUGACACUUUCAGCCGGAUUCCUGAGAUUAAUACUCCUCUGAUUGAGCUUCCUUCUAUUUUGUAA